CCCCCCCCCUCCCUCUCCCCUCAGAGCGCUCCGCGAAAGGAGGGGGCAGUGGCCCCGGGUUCGCGCCCCCUCCCAGCCGGGAGAAGCGGCUUUUCCUCGGGACGGUAGUGUAAGGUUUUCCUCUACCUCGCUGAGGACGGUGAAGUCAUCCCCGGAGCCUCCGUGACCCGUGCCUAACAGCCUGGAUAUGAUGCCAAAAGAUCUCCAAAGUAUUUUAUAGUUUGACCCAAUGAUUCUUCUGGAUCUAUAUUUCUCUCUUCAAGAAUAAGUGCAAAGACCAAAUCCUACUUAACUACCAGAUAUUUUUUAUUGCAAGAUCAUGGACCAUAUUACUAGGGAGAAAGAUGAAAGGCGAACAGGGAAAGCAAAUCCAGGAAGAAGCACACACAGUUCUCGAGCAUCGAGUUCCACUUCGGCGGCUGGAGUUCUCAUGGUUGGGCCCAAUUUUAGGGUUGGCAAGAAGAUCGGCUGUGGCAAUUUUGGGGAGCUCAGGCUAGGCAAAAAUCUUUACACAAAUGAAUAUGUAGCAAUCAAGCUGGAACCAUUAAAAUCUCGUGCCCCACAACUGCACUUAGAGUAUAGAUUUUACAAACACCUCGGCAGCUCAGUUGAAGGCUUCCCACAGGUAUAUUAUUAUGGUCCAUGUGGAAAAUACAAUGCCAUGGUACUGGAGCUCCUUGGUCCAAGUUUGGAAGACCUGUUUGACCUCUGUGAUAGAACGUUCACUCUGAAGACUGUCUUAAUGAUAGCAAUUCAGCUGAUUACUCGAAUGGAAUUUGUGCACUCAAAGAAUCUCAUUUAUCGAGAUGUCAAGCCAGAGAAUUUUCUUAUUGGCCGGCAAGGAAAUAAGAAAGAACACGUCAUCCACAUAAUAGACUUUGGAUUGGCCAAGGAGUACAUUGAUCCUGAAACACAAAAACAUAUACCUUACAGAGAACACAAGAGCCUUACUGGAACAGCAAGAUAUAUGUCCAUUAAUACACACCUGGGCAAAGAACAGAGUCGGCGAGAUGACUUGGAGGCUCUUGGACACAUGUUCAUGUAUUUUCUUCGAGGCAGUUUACCAUGGCAAGGCCUUAAGGCUGAUACACUGAAAGAGCGAUACCAGAAGAUUGGGGACACGAAGAGGAAUACUCCAAUUGAUGUUCUCUGUGAGAACUUCCCAGAGGAGAUGGCCGCCUACCUUCGUUACGUCAGACGAUUAGACUUCUUUGAGAGACCCGACUACGAUUACCUACGAACCAUCUUCACAGAGUUAUUUGAAAAGAGAGGAUUCAACUUCGAUUAUGCCUACGACUGGGUUGGCAGACCAAUUCCCACUCCGGUGGGACCCAUGCAUGUAGAAUCGGGACCCUCCGUAAUCAGAGAUCCCCAUAUGCACCGGGAUCGAUCCUCAGUACAGCCUUACCGAAAUCAGCCUGUGUCCGAACGCAGAGGAGAGUGGGAAAUUCCGGCGGUCCGGCAAGCCAAUGCUUUGUUUCUGACCUCUCACUUGGCUACCGAACGGCAUGGGGGAUCUGUCCAGGUGGUAAGCUCAACCAACGGUGAGUUGAACAUUGAAGAGCCAGCAGGAGCACCUUCCAACGUACAACUUGCAGCCCGUACUGAGGUGGAAGUAGUAGAGGAAGCUAAGUGCUGCUGCUUCUAUAAGAGGAAACGAAAGAAGUCUUCUCAGCGCCAGAAAUAACAGGUGUCUCCUGGAAGGCAUUUUUGGGGGUCUUUGGCGUUCCUGCCACGUUCCUGCCACGUCUUAUUGAAUGGGGGCUCCUGUUGGGGGAAGGUCAAGAAACAAGGGACACUUUAAACCAAAAAAAAAAAAAAGAGGGGGAGAGACAGAGAGAAAAGAGAGAGAGGAGGGGGAAAUUCCAAAAUAAACAUUCAGGUGGAUUUCCCUAGAUGGUCUCCCUCGUUCCUCGGUUCCUGAGGCUCCCUUUGGUAGAAUCAGGAGAGCAUCUCCCCCCUCCCUCCCCUCCCCUCCCCUCCCGGCACUGGUUGCCCUUUGAUGGAAGAGGAGGCUGGCUACCUUCCUUCCUUCCUUUUCCGUACAUCCCUUCAGCGAAAUUGGGGGCGGGGGAGGGGGGGCAUUCCUGGCGAAUGUGCUUCAGUUCCUCCUUGCUUUGGGUUCUCCAUGUGCUUCCCCCUCCCCUCCCUUCCCCUCCCCUCUCACAACAGGGGCUGUUGUGAGCCAUAGGGCCAAGUGAAGAACGCCGCUGAAAGAGCCCAAGAUUCUCCUCCCAUCUAAACUGUUGGGUUUCAACUCUCUCCCGGGUAGCCAAAAUGGGAUGUGCAUUGAUGGGUUGCCCAUGGACAGUAUCCAUGGCAGUAAGCCAACGGUCGGAGAAUUGCAAUCUACUCUUCCAGUUGCCUUGAUUUUUCUGGCUUCGGUGAUGUCUCUCUCUCUUUUUUUUUUUCCUUCUUCUUCUUCCCCCAGAAAUGGUUGGAGAAAAGUGUCUGUUCUAAAUGAGCAUAAGUUUGUUGCACUUUUAAUUAUUAUUUUUUAAAAAAUUUUUUAUUGUAACACGAUGGAUGCAUAUUACGCUGUUUGUGUGUGUUCUCUCCUCGUGGUGAAUGAGGCUAGCCCACGUGCUCAGUGUCCCCACUCCUCUUAACACAGGCUGCCCGUCCGUCCCUCUUUAGGGAUUCCACCAGAACUGCUGCCGGGUUCUUAGCGGCCCAACGGUGUUUGUGCCCUGCCGCUUACUUGAAUUUUUUUCCAGCUCCUCUUGGAACACCCCUGCUUGUGGUUUGUCUCCGUGGUGCCUAUCUUGACCGGCUUGAGAUUGAAAAAUCUUUUUUCCGCUGGCAGGAGGAGCCAAGUCAGCUGGACUGAACUUUGGACAAAUGACCAUGGAAUGAAAUGAGGCCCUUUGGCCUUUUUUUAAGCGGAGCAAAGCUCGGCCAGAGAGAGAGGACACUGCCGUUGCCUUACACUUCGUCUCUGGCUUGGAUUUUGCCAAGGUUUUUCAAGUCAAUCUCUACAGACUAGAAGAGGGUGUCAUCUAUGUAGUGCCUGCCGAUUUUUCUGUUUUGUAACCUGGGCCUAAUGUUCAUUAACACGUACCUGGACACGCAACGAGAUUACGUAUCUUUCCCCCAAGCAGACGGGAACUUUGGGUACACUUUGAGAGAGGAAUUGAAGAGGAUCCUUCUUCAAAACCCUUGGAUCCACCUCCUAAAAUCCAUCUGAAAGGCAAUGCGACCCUGUUGAUCCAGAGACUAAUUUUUGGGGACUCCUGGGAAGGAAGAAGCUACUCCCUCCAGGACUGUAGGGGGAGAAACAAGCAAGAGUUCUUCGUUUGCAAAUGAAAGAGCUGCUAGAAGGGAAAAAAGCCACUGGACAGGAUCCCUGCUCAUCUCAAACACUCUCUUCAUGUCUGAUGUAUGUCUUAAUGUUAACAUCUCAGCUUCCCACUUCCCUUUGCAGAGCUGUAGAUUGCUCCUCAUUCACCAAUUAAUGGGCCAGGGCCCAGAUUUUCAGUGAUCUGCGCAUUCAUUCUCUUGAGUUCUGCCUUUCCUCCCAAAAAAUGGGGUGCAACACAUAAACCCAACUCGUCAUCCUCCUCUUUCCUCACGGGCGAAAAGAGUUGAGUGUUUCUCCCUUGGCAGUACAUUCUUCACAAUUAACUUGCUGCCCAUUAAAUACCAAUUGAAAUUAGCUUUUUUUAUUCCACCUCUGCCAAGGGAAUCAGGCUUGCUUUCUGGAGGAGAUAAAAAUAAAAGAGUGCAGGAAGGGAAUUGCAGCUCUUUUAAUUCUCACAGGAGCAAUGUUAACAUUUCUCUUGCCCAUUUUGAAAGUCCUGAAAGUGGAAUAUUUUUACACUGAGCAAGAAAGUCUAGGACUUUCCCUCCUCCCCACUAUUGAGGUACAACUGGAAGCUUGGAAACAGGGAGAGCUAUGUUUUAAACUAAAAACAGCUUUGUUUCUAAAUCCUCAGUACAUCUUGUAUGAAAUAGGGACUAGGGAAACUGACCUGCUCUAGGCUGCUUUUAGGAAUCUCCUUUGAUUAUAAGCUAAUAAUUCAUUUUGCACAGAUCACUGGUCUGCUUCAUGGGGAAAAAAAAUCCAGUUCUCCAUUGCUUCUUUGGAAAUUGUAAUAUCAACACUUGGAUCUCUAGCCUCCCUUUCCCAAUGAGGCAAAACAUGUUGGCUUCCAGUCUCGGAUUAUUUACUUCUGAACAAUGUUGAAAAAAAACCCUACGUGUCUUUCCCAGAGCCAAAUCUAUUUAACGGUGAGGAUUGCUUUGCUUCAGGAGUUCUUGAAUUCCUUACUGGCUUGGCACAGUUUUUUUUCCUGUCAGAACGAAAUAUUUGAUAUCCGUUUAGGAAAGAAAGAUAACGAUAGCCAGUUAUCUAGAAAGAGGGCUUCUCACGUAAUAUGCAUGUUCAUCAAUUGUUGGUUAUUUUGUCCUGAAAAACAACAACAACAACAAAAAGACUCAAUCUUCGCUCGAGCCAAGAAUCUUAUCCUCAGACCUCUCCAUAUCCUUGAAGUUAGCAAAUCUGUUUUAUCGGUGUGAUGGCUCGUUUCUGACUUCCUUUUUUUUUUUUUUAAUAAAUAAGAUCGAAUGGCUAAUCUAGAAGGAAGUCUGCAUUCGCGUUCAAAAAAUGUACAUUACAUCUCACUGAGAAUGACCAGCAUUAGAAAAUUUAAUGGUGGCUUUGAUAACUUCGUUCUCUUUCAGUUAUUACCCUUUGAACAUAACUCAAACAUCCCCCAAACCAGCGAUGGGGUAUGUAUGUGUGUUUCCAGAGAGGUUUGGUCUUCAACAGGGCCUGCCCAGAUGUUCCUAAGCCCAAAAAUCUGGUUCUUCCAUUUCUUUCAUGUACCAUACCUUCUACAAAGGGGUGAGCAAACCGUUACCGCUGCUUCUUGGGUCACAGCAGUCCACAGGUGUGUCUUUCCCAAGAUUUGGUGAGCGGUGACUUUUUUACGAAAGGUGGAGAUACCAGGGAGAACCCCUGGCGUGUAGCUUAAGUGUUGUUGUGUUUUUUUGGGGGGGGGUGAUAAAUGUGCACUGCCAAAUUCGUACUUUCCCGUAAGCGCAAAGCCAUAACCUUUGCUUUCUCUCAAGAUAUUACAAGAAGAGGGACAGAUUUAUGUCUUGUCUGUACUCUUUCUUGGGGGCCUCGAAGGACUGUACCAACUCAUUGCCCAAGAAGGCUGCCAGUUUUAUUAGUUUUUGAGCGUCAGUGACUGAGGAGCGAGAGGCUGGUCACUUCCUGUAGGCCUUGAUGUUGGCGCGGCCGCUAGCAAUGAAAGGACCCAGUGGUAGAUGACGGCCUCCGAGCGGCGCCUGUGUGAUGCGUAUCGCAUAAGUCAUCGGAAACAAACUUGUCUUUCUUCGAACUAAUCUUUUUAUUCGUCCAUGGAAUUGUCUGCGAAGGGUGGAGAAAUGUAAGGAUUUGUACACUGAAGUUAUAGGAAAUUAUAUGAAUUAUACCAAGGGCUGGGAGUCUGCAGACUUGCCAGCUCCCUGAUUUAGCACAGCUGAUGGCAGGGGAUGCUGGGAUUUGUAAUUUGGCUCUUUCAAAAGCCCCCCCUCCCGUUCUCUGCCCCCGAUGGCGUGAUUUUCAGAAAGGGGGGGGAGCCUUUAUUUUGUUCCUGUAUUCGAUACACAGCAAGCCUCAAGUUCAAACGUGGGCAGCAGCCUUUGCUUCCAUUCGCUUUAUUGCCAAAUUUGCGCAGUAAUCCCCGUUAUUUUCUCACCCGAGAGGGAUCCCCAUGCCGAGUCCCAGGAAAAGGACACCCCUUUCUCCCCAAGCUGGGGGGGCCCUGCGUAUUCCCUGCCUCCUGGGAUCAGCUCCGAGCUUAAUAUCCGUCCCCGAAAAACGUUGAGCGGGUGCCAAUCCAACCUAGCCAGGAGUAGGAAGGCUUUUAACCUCUCUCGUUCUUUUCAGACUGUCUCAGGAAUGUAAUCACUCCCACCUCACCCCAAAAAAUAUUCUCCCCCCCCCCGCUAACUGCGUUAUUGCUGUAUGACUUUAGGUGCUACCUUGUGGAAUUUAGAACAGCCGUUGCCUUUUUCCACUUGGGAAGCCCAGUGAGUGGGGGCAAAAGUGGGUUUUGCCACGAUGAGAAGAGAAAGGAAUUAAAGACUUUGGGUGUCUGGACCAGAACCAAAUAUCGCAUCUUCUCCCGGCAGGGAAGUGCAGCCAAGUGGUUUGCUGCUCCCAUUGGAAACCUCGUGAUGUAUAUUUUAUUACAUCUGUUUCUUUCACCUACGUCGGCCGGCCGUUGUGCUUUUAAAUUGUGGGAUUGGGGAUAGCGAACGAGGGCAGCUCUUCUUAACCGUCAAGAAAAAUCAGCUGUGAAAAUCUUUUUAUUUCCUCUCUCUCUCUCUCUCUCUCUCUCUCUCUCUCUCUCUCUCUUUAUUUUUUUUUAAAGUAUUAUGUGCACUGUUCUGAUUCUUGUUAAAAUGUCUUUUGGGUUUUUAUUUUUUAACCGUUUUAUUUGAAACACAGGAUGCAAUGUUUUAAUGUCCUCUCACCAUCCGUGCCCUGCGGUGGCCGCUUGGUGGUAAACAUGAAAUACCCUUUCCAAGAUGAAUGUCACGUUUGAAAUGCAUUUGAAAACAGUUCAACCAGGAUAAGGGCUUAUCUAUGCCAUGCAUGGGGAAAUUCCUUCCCCGAGCACGAGUGGAGUUUUAUCGUGCCAGGAAAUAGGUCUUUGCUACGGAUUUUUCUGGCGCGCCAGUUUGAAUGGGAAAUUGCAAGAAAUGUUGUGUAUCUUGAAUACAUUCUUUCCCCCCCCUCCCGGCACCAUUUUAAUGUAAAAUAAAACAUUGAUUUUGGUCUGUU